AUGCGGCGGAAGCCUCUUUCCACUCUUCUAUUCGCCGUCGCGCUCUUUCUCGUCUUCGCCUUUCAACUAUCCCGGAAGGCCUUCUUCUACGGCGGCGACCUCCCUUUCCCCUCUUCCUCCGCCCUUCUUACGUCUCACUCAGCUAAUUCCGUCGCUCAUUACGCUCUCCAUGAAGCGGCGUUCCCGGAGAAUCUCGCUCACCGGAGUCGCCACGUGUCCUCCAUUCUCGAUCCUAUCCCCACGGUUUCCUCCCUUCUUCUUCCCGAUUGGGAGGUUCUUUUGAUUUCUUCAAUCGACGCGCCGCUCUCUUCGCCGGAUUCUCUCCGGGGUCUCCUCUGUGUGUUUCAGAACAAUGAUACUUCACCGGCUAAAUUCUCCGGGAGUUUGGAGUUUAAUUCUCCUGCUAUGUUUAAAUGCCUUAUGCCGGAGAGUGUCCGCCGUCUCCGGCCGUAUUUUCAACCACUGCUAACCAACUCGCCGGAGAAGGUGUUUUCUUCUCCCAUGCCGGAAUUGAUCAGGUGGACUUUCUUCGCUUAUGAAGCUCUCGAAACAGAGGACGACGUCGUUCUGUUCGUCAAAGGCGUCAACCAUCGCCAAGGCAGUAACCGCCCCCCGACUGGUUUAAAAUGCGUGUUCGGCGAUGGCGAUAAAGCCGUUAGAACCGCCGUUACCAGUUCCGUACAGGAGGUUUUCCGAUGCCGUCAUCCCAAUUUAACGGUGCAAGAAGAUCAUCACCAGAAAUUCAAAAUCACUCUCGAGAUUCUAGACGGCAAAGGUCGCAGCGUCCUCGUUCCGUCGGUAGCUUAUUACUCGCCGCGACGCCGUAUCGCCGGCGGAGAAACCGAGGCGAAAUCGACUAUUUGUGCUUGUACGAUGGUUUACAACGUCGGAAAAUUCUUGAAAGAAUGGGUGAUUUAUUACUCGAAAAUCGGCGUCGAGAAGUUCAUCUUGUACGACAACGGCAGCGACGAUGAAAUUUCGGCGGUGGUGAAGGAAUUGAAUAAGGAAGGAUACAAUAUCGAAAUCGUGUUCUGGAUUUGGCCGAAAACGCAAGAGGCUGGAUUCUCUCACAGCGUUGAGUAUUCAAAGAGAUCGUGUAAAUGGAUGCUGUUCAUGGACGUCGACGAAUUCAUCUUCUCUCCGUCGUGGUUGAAUUCAUUGAAUCCAUCGAAGGAGAUGCUGAAAUCUCUGCUUCCGGCGGAGAAAAACAGAGUCGGAAUGGUAACGAUCAUGUGCAACGAUUACGGACCGUCGGAUCGAAUCUCGAAUCCGGCGGAAGGCGUAACACAGGGCUACAAUUGCCGGAGAAGAGUAGAGGAAAGGCAUAAAUCGAUUGUUCUAUUGGAGGCGGUGGAUGAAUCGCUGGUGAAUGUGAUCCACCAUUUUCAAUUGAGGACGGAGUUUCGAUCGAAGCAGAUGAGAACAGAGGAGGCGGUAGUGAAUCACUACAAGUACCAAGCGUGGCCGGAAUUUCGGUUGAAAUUCCGGCGGCGCGUAUCGGCUUACGUUUUGGAUUGGACGAAUUCCGGCAAUCCGACGUCUAAAGACAGGGCGCCGGGGCUCGGGAACUCCGCCGUGGAGCCACCGGAGUGGCCGAGGAAGUUUUGUGAGGUCAGGGAUGAUCGGUUGAGAUUACUGACGCAGAGAUGGUUCGGGUUGCAGACGGCGGAGGGGUACAGAAUGACAUGGCAAUGA